AAACCUUCAUAAUAGUACUCAUAGUUAUCUCUCACAGAAUUUGUUAUCAUUACGUAAUAUUCGAAGCUAUUUGCAUCAUCACCACAUAUAAAAUCAAACACACACACACCAAAAAAUAAGAAAAAUAUACAAGUUUUUUUCCAAAAACACAAUACACAAUGUCUUCAUCAGCACCGGCAGCAGAAACAUGGCUCUUGGAAAAUGGAAACAUUAAGCCCUUAAGCAAGGAAAUGCGGCACGGUCAUGGACGCAGCUAUGGCCGUACCGCCCACAAUGUAUCGUCUUCGUCUCUCCGGAAAAAGUCCGAUCUUACCCUUGUCCGGAAAGUGCCAUGUGCCGUUAUUAGAGAUGUUCUUGCUAAUGUUCAAGAGGUCAUCUUUGGAACUAAGCUUUUUGUGCUAUUCAUUGCCAUCCCUUUUGCCAUCCUUGCACAUAACAAAAACUUUGGAAGUUCAUGGGUUUUUGGAUUGAGUUUACUUGGACUCACUCCACUGGCUGAACGUGUCAGCUUUUUGACAGAACAAAUAGCUUUCUUCACUGGUCCAACAGUUGGAGGGCUUCUAAAUGCAACAUGUGGAAAUGCCACUGAACUCAUAAUAGCAAUAUUUGCUCUGAUCCAACACAAAGUAGAUGUUGUGAAAUACUCCCUCUUGGGAUCUAUUCUUUCAAACCUUCUUUUGGUUCUUGGCACCUCUCUCUUUUGUGGUGGCAUUGCAAAUCUCAACAAGGAACAAAAAUAUGACAGAAAACAAGCAGAUGUGAACUCGUUGCUUUUGUUGUUGGGACUGUUGUGUCAUGUGCUACCAUUGAUGUUUCGAUAUGCCGGAGUUGGAGAAUCAGCAGCAAUAACAGCAGAAGCUACACUGCAGCUAUCAAGAGUCAGCUGCAUUGUCAUGCUUAUUGCCUACAUUGGUUACCUUGUUUUUCAAUUGUGGACUCACCGCCAAUUUUUUGAUUCACAAACAGAAGAAAAUGAAGAUGACGAUUUAGUGGAAGAGGAAGCAGUGCUUGGAUUUUGGAGUGCAUUUGCAUGGUUGGUGGGAAUGACUCUUAUCAUUGCUCUAUUAUCUGAAUAUGUUGUUGGUACCAUUGAGUCAGCAUCAGAUUCUUGGGGAAUCUCCGUGAGCUUCAUUAGUGUUAUUUUAUUACCAAUUGUUGGUAAUGCUGCUGAACAUGCUGGGGCUGUCAUUUUUGCUUUCAAGAACAAGUUGGACAUUUCUUUGGGAGUUGCCCUAGGCUCUGCAACUCAAAUUGCCAUGUUUGUGGUUCCGUUAUGUGUGAUUGUAGCAUGGAUUGUUGGUGUGAGAAUGGAUCUUGAUUUUAAUCUUCUUGAGACAGGUUCCCUUGCUUUGGCAAUUAUUGUCACAGCUUUCACUCUACAGGAUGGAACCUCUCACUAUAUUAAAGGAUUAGUCCUCCUGCUCUGUUACAUUGUCAUUGGUGCAUGCUUUUUUGUCACCAACAAACCACAAACCCAACCAAAUGGUGUCAACUUGGUGUCUUCAACUGAGGGAAUCGCGAGAGUUUGAUGAUCACAAACUUAUCAGCAAAAUCAUGGUGACCAACAAAAAUUGGAUGCAUAUAUUAUUCUUUGACUGGGAAUAUUUUGGGUUUAGUUGAAUCAUCAAGAGAGUUUGAUGUACCAUAUAUUUCAUUUUUCUGUGUUACUUAAUGGUAUGGUUGAAUCCUGAUCAUAUAAGUCAAUGAUGUCUAUAUAUAGUUUUCUCUGUUCCAUGUAGCGUAAUUCUGUAGUUGCUAAGGGUUUCCUGUAAUAGCAACUGCUUGUAAGGGUUUCACUUUAUUUACAGCUUUUUCAAAAUAAUAAAUGAAUAUUUCCAUUGCUGUUGUUUACUUUGUAA